CUGGACUCUUCUCCUCCUCCUCCUCCUCCUCCUCCUCCUCCUCGUCUCCUAACCGGAUUAUCCAGCAGGGACUCUGUAGGAGCCUCUGGGGGGAGUGACAGUGCAGAGGACCGGCUGUACCGCAGGUGGAGAAUCCACAUUGAAAACUGGAUGUGAAGGGGACCCGCCAAGGUCAUGAUCGACUGGCCCAAUGUGACGGCGUCCAGCAACCAGGAGCUGGGCCUGAAACCUGAGGAGCUGCAGAAGUCCAAAUGUGUCCUGGGUUUCAUUCCCGUCAUCUACUACAGCAUUCUGCUCUGCAUCGGAGUACCAGUAAACAUCCUCACAGCAGUGGCCUUGUGCAGACUGGCGUCCCGCACUAAGAAGGCUCUGUACUACUACCUCUUGGCAGUGACAGCCUCAGAUAUUCUCUCCCAGCUCUUCAUCAUCUUCGUCGGCUUCCUGCUGGAGACGGCAGUUUUUCACCGGGAUGUCCCCACACUCCUGCUGCACUCUGUCAGCGUCGCCGAGUUUGCAGCCAACCACGCUUCCAUAUGGUCGACCGUACCGCUCACUGUGGACCGCUACGUGGCGCUGUGCCACCCCCUCCUCCACCGGCAGAUCAGCUACCCGGCACGAGCCAGGAAGAUCAUCGCGGUGGUCCUGGCAGUAUCGAUCGCAUCGGGCGUGCCUUUCUUCUGGUGGUCAGACAUGUGGAGGGACAGCCAUUCGCCCACAGCGCUGGACGGCGUCCUCAUAUGGACACAUGUGACUAUCAUCUACUUCCUGCCGUGCAGCAUCUUCUUAGUGCUGAACUCUCUGAUAAUCCACACACUGAGGGUGAGGCAGAGAGAGCAGCGCUGUCAGGAGGAGCAGGGGACCAAGUCGGUGCCACUGCAAAGACUCGGGAAAACCACGGCCAUGCUGCUGGCCAUCACCUCAGUGUUCUCAGUCCUGUGGGCGCCCAGAACCAUCGUGGUCAUCUACCACCUGUAUGUGUCCACUGUUCAUCAAGACUGGCGCAUCCACCUGGCCUAUGACCUCUCCAACAUGCUGGCCAUGCUCAACACCGCAGUCAACUUCUUCCUCUACUGCUUCGUCAGUAAGCCUUUCCGCAGCGCCGUGCGGGAUGUCAUACUGCUCAGGGGGUCGCCGCUCUACUCUCGCCGCACUCUGCCCCAGCAGCAGGUCCCCACCAACGCCUCCAUUUCCUCUCUGUACAGUGGGAACAGCAAGCGCUUUCAGCGGGACUUCACCCCCUUGUCACCUCAUGGGGCCAGAAAGCCCUCAUGACCCCGUGACUUGUCCCCUUAAUCCAAAACACCCAUCAUCCCACGGUCCCGGCGCACUCAUCACCCCAGGGACGCGUACUGUGUUCCAGCUAUGACUGUGGGCAGUGACCAGUCGGCCCUGGGGCGCUCUCAGAGGGCCUGAUAGCGGCUUAGCAUGAUUUUUGUCUUACAGUGUUUGACCUCGUGUUGUUUGUCCAUGUAAAUCAGAUAACGUGACAGCCUAUUUAUUUUUCUUGAGAAGAAUCUGAGGAAAUAAAAGUAGAUUUUUUUCCAUACAUGGUAGCAAUGUGACUGAUUUGUUUAUAUUUUUAUUAAAAAAAAACAGGACAAAAUCACUUUUUGAGCAAUUAUGUAAGCCCAGAUGUAGAUUCAUGUUAAUAUUAAAGAAUUUUUGCAUAUUAAGUGCAAUCAGUGAUCGCUGCUGUUCCUUCGGUCAUGCAAAGUGGUGUGACAUUCACUCUGGAUGCAGCAAAGAUGUCAGAAUAAGAGUGAUAAUGUGGAAUAAACUGUUUUUGCUGUAGUUGUAUAAAGAUACUGUGUGAAUCAAUAGGCAGUGUGACAGUACUCUGUCUCUGCACUGUUCUCCCAAGCAUUAAAAACCAUCCAACUUGAUAAAGCCUCAAAUGAAAGCUCAAUUUUUUAAGCCACAGGAGUGAAGGGCCUCCUUUAUAGACGACUAUCACUGAUAGUCUGCACUAACACAAACACUACACUCACAAGAAAGUGCGGACUCUUUUGCACGCACACCCACUGCAUUUCCACCAAACAAUGAAAAAGUUUGCUUCAGUUGCAACUGUUCUACCGUCUAAUUGUAAAUAUGCACAAGUUAAGACUGUUGCUGACCUUAAAAGAAUUGAGUUCUACUCUCAGAGUUUACAUGUAGUCCAUUUUUAAUGACAGAGUAUAUAUUAAACAUCGGCUGUAUAUAAAAACUGAGACAUCCCCCACUGGUUACUGAAGAUCAGUAGUAAAGCCUAGAAAUAAAGCAUUAGGCGUCUUAUUUUUCUGAAAGUAGACGUGACUGCCGGGCAGACCUGACUUAAACGAUCAAGAGGUACUGCACGCCCUUUUUGUUAUUUACCAUAAUUUACAAAUGAGCUUUAUGUUGUGUCCAUUAAGACCUCAAAUACGUGAUUGAGUCAAUGCACUCAUCACAAAACUAUUUACUGAAGUCCUAUCAUGAGGGAGCCGAGGGAUGUUUUCCCCUGGACAUUUAUGUAAACAGAUGUGUUUUUGCGAUGGUGAGAUUGUGUGGACUGCACGCUGUGCGUGACAGCAGCCUUCGUUCCCUGCACACACACAGCUCCAGUCAUACCAGUUCACUCUGACACAGCUGUCAUAUAACCGUCUAUUCUGUAGGUUAAAGUAAACCUACUGCAGGACGGCACUGAUUAGAAACAGCUAAAUUGGUACUGAAUAAUAAUUAAAUAUGAUUAAUUAGCUUAACAGGCUCGUAUUUCUCUUGCAGAAUGGUGAGGGCAGCAACAUUUUAGCAUCCAAGUUGCCAAAAGGGCACAUUUCUACUUUGCAGACCCAGAAGCUCCAACCUGUAUAUGCAAACUAUGAUAUAAAAGAACAAAUCAUUUUGUUCAUCCACACUGCUUUCAACAUCAAACAACACUGGAGCCUCAUUUCAUCCUAGUUUAGACCAUAAGUGUCCUAGAAUUGCACGUUAAAUAUCAGUUUUCAUGGAGUGAGCUCAGAGAUGAGAACAACUAGUGUAACUUAAUGCGUUUGUCAGUUUUUUAUUUGUAUUGGUGAAUAGUUUUUUCCUGUGGUUGGAUUUUCUUUGAUGGUCAAAAAUGAUUUGCAUUCAAACAGAGAUGGAUGAGUCACGGAUGAGCUGUAGAUAUGAAUAUAUAUAUAUAUGGAGAGAGAGAGAGAGAGAGAGAGAGAGAGAGAUGUACUGUGCAAAAGUCCAAGUGUACCAUAUCCAGACCCGUAUUUUCAAACAGCUUAACCACAACUGGAAGGAGCACAGAGCAGUCACAUGACUCAAACACAACCACACUGGUAUCUGUAUCUGCAGUAGUGAUUAUGACGAUAUCAUGCUGAACAUGUGUGGUCAACAUAAAUAGUGUAACCGCUCUAAAUAUCAGUAAUUAUCAAAUCAUACCAACAGAUAAAUGACAAUUCAUUCAUUCAUUACAUUAUUCCUCUUCAUGGUUUAGUGUUUUUUUUAUUUUAAGAGAAGCAGUAAAAUAAUGCAUAAGUUUACAUGGACCUAAGGAACACAGAGUGUGUGAUUUGCAAACUUCAUAAACCCAAUUAUACUCCUAAAUAUUUUGAAUUGAUGGCAGUGACAUGUAUAUACAUUUCAGCCAUGAUGGUGCUUUUCCAGAUGUACAUAGGAAUUAAUGCAGCCCCGUACCUGUGAACUGAGUGCUGAUAACAAGCUGGAUGGUCCCCCUGUUCUUUAGUCUGGACAGCAUGGUGUCCAUGUUGCCUCGGUACGUUUUAAAUGAACUUUGGUCCCGAGAAGAUGACAGUGUUUCUGGAACAUUCAUGUUCACUUAUUAUUUGCAUGAUGGAGCUUUAACCUGCAUUUGUGGACGACACGGUCAGCUGUGUUUCUGAGCCUGAGUCUGUUUUUGAUGCAGUGCUGCCCGAGGGCCCGAAGAUCACGGAUAUCUAGGGUUUAUUUCUGGCCUUUUCUCUUGUUCACAGACAAAUGAAUUUUUUUGAUAUUAUGUACUGUGGCUGAUACUGUCUACUAUGGACAUUUAAAGUCUUUGCAAUUUUACAUCAAAAAACAUUAUUUUUUAAAUUGUUCCGCAAGUUGUAGAUGCAGUUUUUCCUCUCUUACACGUUCCUUUAUACCCAGUCAUGCUAAUGACCUGCUGCUAAUUAACAUGAUUUGCUCCAAAAUGUUCCUCCAGCUCUUUCUUUUAGUAUCACUGACUUUUCCAGCUUUUUGUUGCCCCAUCCCAACUUUUUU